AUGUCUUCCAGCGUAUUCCAGGAGUACUCCACGCUAUUGUCCGUAUUGCGGGAAGUCUCGGACCACGACAAUGGGAGAGAAAGCGGCCGGCAUUUACAACAUCGUGUGCCUGACAUCGCUAACGACCUCUGGGAACGGAGAAGGGUCCCUGCUCCGUCCUCGAGAAUCCCAUGGUAUAGUUUCGGAUCUGAAGAAAGUGAUGUCGUUGGAAGGGGGAUCCGUGCCGAAGCCUUACACUACCUGGAAGUCAAGUUACUGA